AUGGGCCAGUUUUGGUGGUGUAGGUUGACAUGCUCCCCCCUUGCUUUCCUCCGAAAUGGUCGCCAAUGUCCUCGUCACUCAAGCGCAGACUCUCAACCUCAGCUACGAGAAUCUGACGAGGGAGAAGAAGAAGUUUUUAUUGAGGAGCUGAACGAGAUAGCCAUUUCGAGCAACUCUACAUCCACCUACUUCCCAAUUGGAAGCCUUGGGGGGCUGCGGCAUGAGCAAAAUGCAAGCUGUACCAGAGGAGACCCGAUCAUCCAACUACGAAGGGUCGCUUUCACUUUCGAUUACCGCUGCCAUGCGUUCAUUGAAGAUACCGAGCUCGGAACCUGGAACGGUACAUUAACGGUUAGGCAUUGGAAGGGUGGGAGGCAGAUGCAGAUGUAAAGAAAAGAACGCGAUGGCUUUGAACGACAAGCGGUUGUUGUCAUAGAAAUUAUGACAAGUGAUGAAGACAGGGACAGGCGACCACAUAACUGUUCCGAAAGCAGCGCUGUCAUUCACCCUAUACACGAUCCCGACCAUCAUACACCUUGUUCCCUACCGCACGGGUUUCAACACAACCUCCACCCUCCCGUACACACGCUCUCGUCAUUCAUCCUUACUCGUCGGUUCGCUAUCUCAGUACUCUCGCUCCCCGGUCUUGGAUCAUCAGUUAUCUAUCUCCCUGUCAGCAUUUUCGCCACCAUUUCCGUUUCUGUACCUGCAUCUACCAUACUGGGUCGACGGUACGAACACAAGCCACAUCACGGUUGUAUGAGAAUCACUUGCCCGGGUUGCGUACGCAGUAUGUAUACUGUAUGUAUAGAGUCUGCUUCAGUAAGCUAUUCGGCUGGUUAACACGAUCGUCAUGGGUUAUGCCACACAGUCCCGGUCAACUCCUCAGCAUUCUGGGAUUCAAAGCGGGAGUAAAGGUGCCCCGUUCGGAAGAAGGGGGAAGUGUAAGCCAUUACACACAUACCCAACACCCCAAUCGGCGAUGAUCGAGGAUCGAUGAUCUCUAAAACACCCAAAUCCUCUCCGCGC